AUGGAUAGUUCGUCAGCAGCAGUAAGUUCAGAAAUAUGUGAACAAGAAGUGGAUUAUAUAGAAAUAUCAAAAAGAGAUUGGCAGAGCAAUGAACUUGAUAAAUAUAUGCCGCAAGACCCACAAGAUAAUUACCAGAGUUAUGAGCCUAAUAAAUACAGAUCAGAAUUCAACUUGGAGGAAGAAGUACCUACUAGUUCUAACUAUUACUCAGAAUCAUCGAUCACAGCAUCAGGAACAAGAAAUGCAUUCGAUUUAACAUAUACAUGUAAGAAACAAAGCACAAGGAUUUCUGAAUAUGACAAAACUGAUUCGUUUUAUUCAUAUGAACAAGUUUUACCUAAGUGUCAAAAAACUAAUGUACAAGAUGAAUCAGUUAAACAAUCAAGCGAUACUUCCAAAAGUUCAAAAUUUGAAGAGAUAUAUCUUGAUAAAGUUCGGCAUGGUCAGUGUAAUAUCGAAAUGGCAGAUAAAAAGCCCUGUGAUGCUAAAGUAAAAACUGGCGAUUCUACAACAGCACUAUGGAAACACCUUAAAAUUGUAUAUGGAUACUCAAAAAUGAUCGCACAACAAUUGAACAAAAAACAGACAACUAUUACAAGAUCAUUUGAAACUUUUUUAUCAAAGCCACAUAGCAUUACUGAACAGGCUAUUCAUAAUAAGGCUAUAACUAAGAGUGAAAAUAAUACUCUGAUAUGGACGCAAAAUAAUAUUGUAACCUGUUGGAACUCUACCUACAAUGCAUGGGUCCGAAUGCUUAAGCUUAAGUCUUACAUUGAGAUAUUUGCAAGUUUGCUUACUGUUCAGCAAGAGAAAGAUGCAAUCACAGAUAGAAAACGUCUAAAAGCAAUUAUGAUAGCCGAGGAUGAAUAA